AUGUCACGUGUUCAUCACUCCACUCGCAAGUCGAACUACUCGUCUAACCCUUCUCGUUUCAGUCUACUGAAGUAUUCCGAUCUUUUCAAUUAUUCCAUUUACGAAGACGACGCUAGUAGCGACAGCGAGUCAUCCACUACAUCUAAAAUGCGAAUGGAUCGACAAUACGAGAAAAGUCCCUCCGAGCCCCUCCAAUACAAAAAGGAGGUUUUGUCCCCAAGUUGCCUCACAUCGUCGUGCACACCACGUUUGUCCAAAAAUAACAAAAACAACGAAAUUCCACGAAUUGUUGAGCGCCUUGGAUUUAUUCGAAGAACAAUUGGUAUUAAAAGUGAGUCUGUACUGUACGACUCUGCGAUUGAUGAAUUCUCCGGUAGAGCAUUGUGUUCGAAGGUUAUCGGGAAAUCUGGCGUUCUUUUUGUGGCCAUCUGUGAUGGGCUGUGUGUGGGUUGCUACCACAACGACUUCAUAAAGGAUUUCCCCUUAAAUGCUGUCUUUCCGUCAAAAAAAUCUUUUGUUGUCAUUUUGAAGGAGAAUGUACACGUCACAAACACCGUCUUCAAACGAAAAACUAACUCCUCAAAGAACAUUUCUCUCUUCAAAAAUUCAGAGAUGCUUUUCAUGGCUCAUGGUGCUUUUACAAUAUUUCAGGAUGGUGAAAUAUGUUUCGAUGAUACUGACACAUUCUCUAAAUUUUCGGGAUUUGAAGGAAAUCUUCCCGAAGAUAUGAGUGAGAGGAACGGAAAGAUCAACCGAUUUCUGGUGGUGUUAUAUGAGUAA